GACGACUCCAGGAGGAGAAACGCAGGGUGACCGAUUCAGCGGCGGCACCACCGGCGGACAUCCAGCCCCACCAAUGGUCCUCCGCCCGGGACGCUCCCAACGACGACUUCGCCGAAUCGGCUCGUCCGCCGCGGUCGCGGCGAUGAUCACGACCCAGAAAAUACCGGGGAGAUCGGCCUGACAGCAGAGAACGUUCUCAGAAACCUGUCUGCUUCGAUCACUGUCUCUGGCAUUGACAUCUGGAGCUUCGGAGCACACAUUUGGACCCCGUCCAGUCGCUUAGAGUGCGCAGUCCUGCAGCGUGGCUCCGAGAACCCACUCACUUCUUCCGACUUCGUAUAAAUGAGUGAACCGGCUACUUGGGAAAGGGCGGGGACAUGUACCAGAACCCCAACAGAAUGUCCUGGUUCAGUGGUUUCCUAGUCGCCAGAGUGGAUGACCGUAAGACUGCGUGGGGGGAGCGCAAUGGCAAGAAGUCCAAACGAAGGGGAGGUUCAUCUCUCUGCAACCCACGUUACAUGAGCUGUCUGCGGGAUCCAGAUGCUAUGGAGCCUCCCUCGAGCGCCCCCCUCCACCAGCACCACCGUGGAGGGAUGGCGGAGGCCAUGGGAGGGGCUGGCAACUUUGGUGCCCGUUGCGGAUGGCAGGAGGACCACUACGGCAAAAGGGGCAGGCCCCACAGGGAAGGCGUGGGGCUGAAAUCGGUGGACUUGGACUUUGAGGAUGGUGAUCUGAAGGGCAGGAAAGGCGGGUGUAACGGAGGAAGCGGCGACACGGGAGACGACAAUGGUGCGGCCGGCGUGGUGACGGCUGCGGACUGUUGGCUCAGGGUGGUGCGGGUAUUCCAAUCGAAAAAGUUCCAGUCCCGCAAACUGGAACGCCUAUACCAGCGAUACUUCUUCAGACUCAACCAGAGCUCUCUGACCAUGCUGAUGGGGGUCCUCGUGAUUGUGUGCGGCAUCAUGCUGACCUUCCACUGUGUCCACGCACCUCCCCACGUGGCCUACUCGUCCACCUUGUCCGUGGCAAUGGCGCUUUUCAUGGCUCUUAUGGUGGUGUGCAAUCGAAACGGCUUCCAUCAGGACUACAUGUGGAUGGUCAGUUACCUGGUCAUCGGCGUCUUGGUGUCGGUCCAAGUGUUUGGGGUGCUCAUGGUGGCACCCCGGAGUGCUUCGGAGGGAAUCUGGUGGUCAGUGUUUUUCAUUUACAUCAUCUACACCCUCCUGCCUGUGAGGAUGAGGGCGGCGGUGCUCAGCGGAGCCGUCCUGUCCAUCAUACACGUGGUCACCACCUGGCAGAUCAACCAGGAAGACAAAUUCCUUUGGAAACAGGUGAGCGCGAAUGUCCUUAUUUUCCUGUGCACCAACAUCAUUGGCAUCUGCACUCACUACCCUGCUGAGGUCUCUCAGAGGCAAGCCUUCCAGGAGACCAGAGGCUACAUCCAAGCCAGACUACAUCUCCAAAGGGAGAAUCAGCAACAGGAGCGUCUGUUGCUGUCAGUGCUGCCAAGGCACGUUGCCAUGGAGAUGAAAGCUGACAUCAACGCCAAGAAGGAAGACAUGAUGUUUCAUAAGAUCUAUAUCCAGAAACACGACAAUGUCAGUAUUCUGUUUGCCGACAUCGAGGGUUUCACCAGCCUGGCCUCCCAAUGCACGGCGCAGGAACUCGUGAUGACGCUCAAUGAACUCUUCGCACGCUUUGACAAGCUGGCCUCGGAAAACCACUGCCUGCGGAUAAAAAUUUUGGGUGAUUGUUACUAUUGUGUGUCCGGGCUUCCUGAGCCCCGUGCGGACCACGCCCACUGCUGCGUCGAGAUGGGCGUGGACAUGAUUGAGGCUAUCUCGCUGGUGCGGGAGGUGACGGGAGUUAACGUCAACAUGCGGGUCGGCAUCCACAGUGGCCGCGUACACUGCGGCGUCCUCGGACUCAGGAAGUGGCAGUUUGACGUGUGGUCUAACGACGUGACGCUGGCUAAUCACAUGGAAGCGGGAGGCAAAGCAGGACGAAUCCACAUCACCAACGCCACUCUGCAAUAUCUCAACGGCGACUAUGAAGUGGAGCCCGGUUUUGGAGGGGAGAGAAACGCGUAUCUCAAGGAGAAUAGCAUCGAGACCUUCCUGGUCCUCGGCUGCAGCCAAAAGAGGAAGGAAGAAAAGGCGAUGAUGGCUAAGAUGCAGAGGACGAGAGCCAACUCCAACGAGGGACUGAUGCCACGCUGGGUCCCUGACAGAACGUUCUCCAGGACCAAAGACUCCAAAGUGUUCAGACAAAUGGGCAUUGAUGAAACCUCCAGUAAAGACAACCGCGGUGUUCAGGAGACCAUGAACCCGGAGGACGAGGUGGACGAGUUCCUGGGACGAGCCAUUGACGCUCGGAGCAUCGACCAGCUACGAAAAGACCAUGUCAAAAAGUUUCUACUAACCUUUCAAACCUCGAGCUUGGAGAAGAAGUAUUCCAAGAAAGUGGAUGACCGUUUUGGUGGAUAUGUUGCCUGCACUCUACUAGUAUUCUGCUUCAUAUCCUUCAUACAGAUUGUUAUUUUUCCACAUACUCCCGUCAUGCUGGGAAUCUACAUCAGUAUCUUCAUCAUCCUGGCAAACAUCCUUUUCAUCUGUGCCAUAUACUCUUGCAUAAAGCUCUUUCCUGCUGCAAUGCAGACAGUUUCAAAGAAGAUUGUCCAGUCUCGCACCAACAGCACUCUGGUCGGAGUGUUGACCAUCGUCCUCGUCUUCAUCUCUGCCUUUGUCAACAUGUUUGCGUGCGACACCAGGAGCUUAGUGGAGUGCGUUGCGGAGAAGUCAAACACCUCCGCGGCCAUGGUGACGCCCUGCGUGAUCCGCCGAUUGAAUGUGUCCGUCGAAGGCGGUCUGGAGAUCUGCCCCGGUCAAGGCCCCUCCUGCCCGUUUCCCGAGUACUUCAGCUACAGCGUGCUGCUGACCCUGCUGGCCUGCUCGGUGUUCCUGCAGAUCAGCAGCAUCGGGAAGUUGGCCCUGAUGCUGCUCAUCCAGCUCACCUUCCUGCUACUGGUCGAGUGGCCGCAAGUCGCGUUGUUCGACAACGCGGACCUCUUUGUCACCUCCAACGCCAUCGAUCUAAAUGAAACAAGCACUCAGUGGUCCAGUUUCAAUGAAACUACAAGCCAAUGCCCGUUUGUUGUGACCAAAGUUUCCCUGAGGGUCAUGACCCCGGUGAUCCUCACAGUAUUCGUGCUGGCGCUGUACCUGCACGCACAGCAGGUGGAAUCAACUGCACGCCUCGACUUCCUGUGGAAAUUACAGGCCACUGAAGAGAAGGAGGAGAUGGAGGAGCUGCAAGCCUACAACCGUCGCCUCCUCCACAAUAUUCUGCCGAAAGACGUGGCCGCUCACUUCUUGGCGCGCGAGCGGCGGAACGACGAGCUCUACUACCAGUCCUGCGAGUGUGUGGCGGUCAUGUUCGCCUCGAUAAGCAAUUUCUCCGAGUUCUACGUAGAGCUGGAGGCCAACAACGAAGGGGUGGAGUGUCUGCGUCUGCUCAACGAGAUCAUCGCCGACUUUGAUGAGAUUAUCAGCGAGGAGAAAUACAGGCAGCUGGAGAAGAUCAAGACCAUCGGCUCCACCUACAUGGCCGCCUCCGGCCUAAAUGACUCCACUUAUGACAAAGAGGGUCGAUCCCACAUUACUGCACUGGCUGAUUACGCGAUGAGACUGCGGGAACAGAUGAAAUACAUCAACGAGCAUUCCUUCAACAAUUUCCAGAUGAAGAUAGGUCUGAACAUUGGACCGGUGGUGGCAGGGGUCAUUGGCGCACGAAAGCCUCAAUAUGAUAUUUGGGGAAACACCGUCAAUGUGGCCAGUCGCAUGGACAGCACCGGUGUACCAGACUGCAUACAGGUCACGACAGACCUCCACCAGGUGCUGGCAAGUAAAGGCUACGUGAUGGAGUGUCGCGGGGUCGUGAAGGUCAAAGGUAAAGGGGAGAUGACAACCUACUUCCUCAACGACGGGCCGCCCAACAGUUAGCAGCCACGGCAACUGCAGGGACACAGCGCCGCCGAGUGAGGACUCGCAGGGUGCGCAAAUGGCUAAAGCCAACCCGAAACGCCAUCACUUGAAUCCCGAGCGAGGGGGGGGGGGGGGGGUCAACGAGGAACAUGUCGGACUCUUUCAUGUUCUUGGAGAGCAAACUAUGUCCCAAUCGACGGCCCAUUUUGGCGGUCUCACAAGCCGAAGGACAGCCGUUUUUCUUUUUUUUUUCUCAUUUCUGGCCUUUUUCAGGCUGCUUGAAAGAUGCAAAGUCUGUUUAUUUAAAUCAAUGCCUUUUAGCCUGUGUCGAAAAGAAGAUUUAACGCUGUACAUAAGGCUAUUAUUAUCUUUUGCGUUUUUGGUUUCACAUGAAUCGAGAAGAGGGAUUAUUCUUUUGAGUUCCAAUUAUUUAUUUGAAUUUCAAAUGUAUUGUGCAAAAGGUCCUUUAUAAAAACAUGUGAAUACAUCAAGCGCGUGCACAAAUAUCCAGUUUACUACACGAUAAUAAGUGUGUAUGUACAUGUAUAUUUGUGGAUGAAUAUAAGUAUAAAAUGAAGAGGACUAUAUUGACCAAAGACUAAAGUAUUUAGUAAAAGCAAGGCAAGACAUGUCACCCGACGUGUUGUGGCGAAAGUCGGCAACGGCGGCCGCCCGUUUGUAAGGUCUCCAACCUUCUGUCUUCUUGCCCAGCUGCUGGCAGUAAAAACUGCUUCGUUGUUUUCAUAAAAUAUGUUUGAAAAAAAAAAAAAAAGCAGAUAAAGUAUUUAUUUUUGUCUGUCACUCCGGCAGCAAAGCGCGUUAACUCUAAAUUAUAAUAGUUUCCUCAACCUUUAGACGACUAAAGACGACGAAGGAUGUUUCGAAGAAGGCCGCAAUUGAAGUGUCUUUUUAUUUUAUUUUAUUAUAUUUCAUUUUUUGUGCUCUUUGAGGAGUACACGUAGCUUCAGCUGGGUUUGAGCUCGCGUUUCACGCCGCAAAUUGGUUGCUUUUUCAGCAUUCGAACCGUAACAGUAUGUCAACCACUCCUUUGCCCCCUUUUGGAGGCCCAUUUUUUUUCAAGCGCGAAUGGGAAGCCGCUGGGAAGGAAUCGGGGAGGGAGAGAAAACUUUUAAGAACGAGAUGAAGAAAAGACAUACAUAUAUAUAUCUAUAUAUAUAUAUAUGUAUAUUGUUUUUUGACUGAAUACUGUGCUUUGUAAUCCUGGAGGGGCAUAACUAUUUUCACUGUGAGGUUUUUAUUCUGCAGCAAAACUGCUUUUUCUCUUGCCAAACAUUAACUGCUUUCCAGGCAUGUCUUACUGUGGUACCUUCAUUUCAUCUUUGUUUGUUUCAACGUGGGGCCAUUUGUACCACCAUUUGUAUAUUCUUAAUCUUGUUAUGAUUAUGAUGCGUUCUGAUGAAUUCUAAUCAUGCGUAUGAUGAUGAUGAUGAUUCCAUUCCAGUGAAAUAGGAUCAAAAGACCAGCACGCUUUUUUUUUUGUUUGCGUUAAGCACCAGUGGUAAAGCUCAAAUUCCAACUAUUCAGUCCUAACACAAAAUGCAGUAUCCCCCCCCCCCCCCCCCCCUCUCCGGGCCGUCGGCGCGUUCCGGUCCAGCGUUUUGCGUCUGAGCCCCCGCUUGGCGUGAAAAACACUUCUGAAGGAUUCCCUGCGCUUCUUCUUGGUUUGGAUUAUCUUCUGACCCUCCUGCAGUAUCGUAAAUCCCAGCCAGGCUUUUAAGCGACGUCUCCUGUCCGCAGAGAGCGUACCGAGUAUAUUUCCUGGUAUUAUAUACCACUAUGUGGUGAGUGGACGAGGGGGAAGUAGAAGGUUGUUUUUUUUUUUUCAGGAUAAUUUCAUCACUUCUUCUUUUAUUUCACCGGUCUUUCAGGAACAUUUGUGCUGACGGCUGAGUUUGAUUGCCUUAAGUUAAUAUAAAGCAUAUAUUCGAAUAUCGCUAUGGAGGAACUGUGCCUGUCGGCCCCUUUCUGGACUGCUGAUGGAAAGAAAAGAAUAAGGGCUUGUCGAGAUUAUUCCCCACGCAACAUGUCAUCACCCACUUUUUAUUUUUGUCGCCACAUCCGAAAGCCCGGAUUCGGCUCCCCCCGCCGCGCUCAAGGUGCGGCAGAAGCACCGGAACGAAGACGGCACGGCACGGUCGCGGAGAACGCCGGACGAGCGAACUGUGACCAGUCAAGAGUGAUUCAUACGUGCAAAGAGUUUAUAGAACGGAUAUACAUUUGUAUCAAUGUGCAUUGCGUGUAUUCUAUUCCUAUUGGUUGUCCACGGGCUUUUGUUAAUUGUUAACCUUGGGAAGUUUGUCCCCACACAACUGAAAAAGUGUUUUUGCUCAGGCCUGAUAAAUAUCCCCCGUACUUGUUUCUGUUUCAUUUUGUCGUUUUAUUUGUACCUUUUUCUGCGUCGGAGGAGCUGACAGGGGCGCGUUUUGCUAUAGCCUAAUGACCAGAAGACUUGAGGACUAUGACAAAAGAGAAAAAUAAACAUUUCCCCUUGAAGAAAGAACUCAAGCGCAUUUGUAGGCUUUAACUUCCUCAUAUGUGCCGCAUGAAUUUGUGAAUUGUGCUGAAAAAUGCAAGGACAAGACAUAUUUUUUUAUUCAUGCAUUUUCUCAUUGGGUUCACAC